AUGACUGAUGAAAUUAUGGAUCGGACCAUAUUUGCUGUUCGCUUUAUUUCUACAUACGUUACAUUUUACAAGGCUGUGAUUCCUGCAUCAUAUUGGAAAGAGCUUGAUGAGGGUUUACCACGGGAACGGUUAGUUAUUAUUGAAAGAUGGCUAGGGAAGAAUUGUAGGCAGAGUGGUAUAAAUCUCGCAGAACCAGAAGGAAGAGAAAUAGUACUUACAGCAUUAGCCAAAAUUUUUCGAUUUAUUUUAAAUAAGCAUUUAUGUUUUGUCACUUGCAUUAAAGAAUUUUCAUCUCGCGUAUUAAUUGUUCUUUAUUUAUAUGAUAUUCAAAAGCAGAAAAUAUUUGUAACAUAUCUUUUACUUGCAAUGUCCUCGCAAAAUUCGCAAAAUAAAACUCGAAAACGUAAAUGGGAUCUUGAUCCUGAGGGGAAAGAGGCACCACGUACACCACAUAAGUGGGAUGAGCAAGGGAAAGAGUCGUCUGCGCCAACUGCAAAAUCGAUCAAAGUUGAUGCAACAAGUGAUACUUCUGAAUCUAGUGCUCCUUCACCAACUCCUUACAAUCCAGAUGCCGUGGAUCCUAAUAUUGCUGCAGCUGUAGCUGCUGCGAAAAUUAAUGCUAUGCUCGCAGCUAAAGGAAUUCAAGUCCCAACAAAACCUGUAGUGGUUCCAUCAAAAACAGAAUCUUCUGAGAACGGAAGUGCUGAAGAAACCAAAUUAGUUAAAUCGACGACAAAAGAAUCUGAUUUAGAGUUUGUACAGGACAUCGUAAUAAAUGAUUGUAAAAACAGAUAUACAUUGACAAAAGGUGCUACACAACAAUUGAUCCAAAAGGAAACCGGUGCAGAUGUCACAACACGCGGAAAGUAUUACCCUGAUAAGCAACUUGCUACAGAGAAAGAUCCACCACUUUAUUUACAUGUGACAGCAUCGACCAAGGAAGCUUUGGAUGCUGCGAUUAAAAAAAUAGAAGAAUUGAUGGAACAAUCGUUUACUCCCGCUCCGCCAGUUCCAACGCCGCGUCCGCCUGGCAUCCAUCCAGGAGUACGUCCAUCGUUCAUUUCUUCUUCUCGGCAGUUUGUUCAAGAUAAAGUAUUUGUGGGAAUCGAACCUGAUCGUACAUUUAAUGCACGUGCUAAAAUCGUUGGCCCACAAGGUGCUUAUGUUAAACAUAUUCAACAAGAGACGGGAGCAAAAGUUCAGUUAAAGGGGCGAGGGUCGGGUUAUGUUGAACCCACUUCCGGGGUUGAAGCUUUUGAACCGCUUCAUAUUCAUAUUACUUGUUGGAGUCAAGAAGGACUGGAUAGAGCGAAAAAAUUAUGUGAAGAUCUCAUUAGCACCGUAAAAGCUGAAUGGGAUAGGCAUAAGGCUCAACAAGCGGCUUUUCCCACAUAUGCAAGAUCACCAUAUCCACGUCCACCUGCUUAUGGACCUCCACCACCAUCUUUGCCUGGAAAUUAUCCUCCACCACCUGCUAAUCCUCCUUUGCCUACCGGUCCACCACCACCACUUGGAACAGCAACGCAAUCAUCUUCCUAUGUGACUAGUAAUACCCAAAAUAGUGCAAAUUAUAGUAAUCCUUACAACCCUUACAAUCAAUCUCGAUAUUACCAGCAAUACCCACAAUAUAAUUAUUACGCUCAACAAACGGCUCAUCAACCUGUAACGCAAGCAUCAGAUGCUAACUAUUAUUAUGGGUAUACGGGAUAUGCACCUUCGCAAACCAUUACUAGCGGUACUAGCGGUUCUAGCGGUUCUUAUCAUGCUGUCCCACCUCCGGAAUCGUAUGAUAAUGAGCCUGGGUGGAAUGCGUGUGAGAAACGGUGCGCAAUUGCGCACGCUACUUACAAUGCAAGUUUUUCUCUCUUUAGAGGUGAAAAAUGA